GAUGAUGCGUCAAGCCAUGUAAAGCGUUUGCAUUGGCCAAAUGCAGUUAUGGACACCAUAGGGGAAGCGCGGUUGCCUAAUAAGGCCGUCCUCAAGCGCAAAAGAGCUGAGACUGGAGGAGGUGAAGGUGGAACGGGCGAGAACCCAGUUGUGGAAAAGCCAGUGGCAACGGUUGAUCUUACAAAAGUUAAUGGGGUACCAUCAAAACCACGGAAGACUGCCAAAUCCCAUGCUUUACCGGCAAUUCGUCGCUCGGCAUCAGCUUCUUCAAGUUCUACGACCAGCAAUGCUAUAUGGCCUGCCUCAUUUACCACACUCGAGAAGACGCAUCGGGCGCUCAAUCUUGUCUUCACAUUCUGCUGCGCACGCAAACAUUUGGCUACCACAUUUGAGACCAUCAAAACAACUGUUGAAGGCCAAAUAAAACGAGAAUUAAAGGUAGAAGAUGUGGCCAAGAUAGUUGCUCUUCGCCCAACUGGGAUUAACUUCUCGUUUGUCGACGAGGCUUCCCUCGAUGUCGACGUGAGAGAAUAUGAGAAAGAUGAUGCCUUCAGAGGUAAUGCAGUAAAGAGUUCUCGUCUUUCCGAGACAGUCGAUGGGAACGAAAACACAGCCCAGAGAGCUGGAAAGGAGAUUCUGCUGUUCGAGUUCUUAGAUGGAGAUUUGAAGCGAGGCAGCCAGCAAAAAUCCGAAAAGGGGCCAAAGGCCAGCAGAAAGUCGAAAGGAGACGAGUUAAUAUUACCAAAACUCAGCCAGAAGCAGAUGACAGACUUAAUCGAGAAGCGAAAUACGAAGUUCCACAAUGCAAUCAAUGCGUUUCUAAACCGCUGUGAGUCUGCGAAUGACAAUCCCGAGGAAAUUUUAGAGAAAGAAGCCCAGGCAUAUAUCCCGGAGCCAUCAAACUCCACGGCCGAUGCGUUAGAGUCGAAGAUCAGCACCCUUCCAAAGUCAAUCCCCAAAGAGCGGGAGUCUAUUUCUCAGAUUAUAAAAGAGGUUAAAGACUGCGUGUGGUAUACAGGCCAGAUUGUGCCAGACGGCCACCGUGUUUUCGACCCUCAAGAAGCCAUAUAUGGUGACCUGAACUUCAUACUCAGUCAGAAUUUGGUAAAUGCAUUGUAUAAUACGAAAGGAAUUACUCAAUUUUAUUCUCACCAAGCAGAAGCAAUCAACGGGUUGAACGACGGCCACCAUGUUAUUGUUGCCACAUCUACCAGUUCGGGCAAGAGUCUAAUUUACCAGCUCCCCGUGCUACACGAAUUGGAGCGAGACUCAAGUACUAGAGCAAUGUACAUCUUUCCAACCAAGGCUCUAGCACAGGACCAGAGAAGAAGCCUCAAGGAGAUGAUGAAGUACAUGACUGGUCUCGAGGACACUUUGGUGGAGACCUUCGAUGGAGACACAGCCAUGACUGAUCGGAAUAUCAUACGUGAAGAAGGCCGAAUCAUUUUUACCAACCCAGAUAUGCUUCAUAUCACCAUCCUCCCACAGGAGGACAAAUGGCGCACAUUUCUCAAAAACUUAAAAUUUGUGGUCGUUGAUGAAAUCCACGUCUACAACGGUCUUUUUGGUUCCCAUGUUGCUUUCAUCAUGCGCAGGCUUCGGAGGAUAUGUGCGGCUUUGGGAAAUCGACAUAUCAGAUUCAUAUCAUGCUCUGCCACUGUGGCUAAUCCGACAGAACACUUCAAGACCAUCUUCGGAAUUGAUGAUGUUCGUUUGAUAGAUUUUGACGGUUCCCCUUCGGGGAGAAAGGAAUUUCUGUGUUGGAAUACCCCUUUUAAAGACCCGGCGGAUCCCUCAAGCGGCCGAGGAGAUGCAGUGGCUGAAUCCGCCCGACUUUUCUGCCAACUUAUCCUGCGAGGGGUCCGAGUCAUCGCCUUUUGCAAAGUUCGCCACAGGUGUGAAUCUCUUGUGGCUGCGGUCAAAUUUGAGUUGUCAGAACUUGGACGUUCAGACUGCAUGGCAAGAGUUAUGGGAUAUCGCGGAGGUUAUACACCGCAGGAUAGACGUCGGAUUGAGGCAGAAAUGUUUGAGGGGAAGCUGGUGGGUGUCAUUGCCACAUCAGCUCUCGAACUUGGCGUGGAUAUUGGAUCUCUUGACGCCGUUAUCACCGUUGGCUUUCCGUAUACCAUUGCAAACUUGAGGCAGCAGAGUGGCCGUGCGGGACGACGUAAUAAGGACUCGCUUUCUGUGUUAGUGGGCGACUGCUUUCCAACAGAUCAGUACUAUAUGGAGAACCCGGACGAGAUUUUCACAAAACCAAACUGCGAGCUCCAAGUCGACUUGCAGAACAUGCUGGUGGUUGAGGGUCACGUCCAAUGCGCGGCAUAUGAGUUACCAAUUCGGCCAAAAGAGGAUUCUCUCUAUUUUGGAAAAUCUCUUCCUGCAAUAGCGGAAGAACGGCUUGAGAAGGACGACCUGGGUUUUUAUCAUUGCAACGAACGAUACCGGCCCAUGCCAUCCAAGUUUGUAGCUAUACGUGAUACCGAAGAGGACCAUUUUGCUAUCAUCGAUAUAACGCACGGAAGGAAUAUUGUCUUGGAAGAACUGGAAGCCUCCCGAGCCUUCUUUACAUUGUAUGAUGGCGGAAUUUUCAUGCACCAGGGAAACACAUACCUUGUGAAAGAGUUUAAUCCCGAUCGUAAAAUUGCUCGUGUCGAGCUUGUCAAGGUCGAUUGGACGACACAGCAAAGAGACUUCACAGACAUCGAUCCGAUUGAAACAGAGGCAAUGCGACGUAUUACUGGAUCUCCGUCCCGAGCCUUCUAUGGCACCAUCAAGAUCCAGCAGACCGUUUUUGGAUUUUUCAAAGUCGACCGGAGAGGGCGCAAGAUGGACGCUGUGGAAGUUGACAACCCACCAAUAAUACGCUUCAGCAAAGGAAUGUGGCUUGAUGUCCCCAAACAUGCUCUAGAUAUUCUUGUUGAGAGGAGACUUAAUGUCGCAGGUGCAAUUCAUGCGGCUGAACAUGCUAUACUGAGUCUGAUGCCGAACUUUGUUGUCAGCAUGCCUGGGGAUGUGAGAACGGAGUGUAAAGUGGCCGUCAAGGAAUUUGCAAGGAAGGAGACAGCAAGAAAACGUCCUGCGCGGCUCACCUUCUAUGACGCAAAAGGCGGCGCUGGUGGCUCUGGGAUCAGUACCAAAGCUUUUGAGUUUGUGGAUAUGCUUCUCCCCCAAGCGAUUCAACGAGUGGAAGCUUGUCAUUGCCAUGACGGGUGUGUUGAAUGCGUCAACUCCGAAUUCUGUAAACAUGCCAAUGAGGUGAUGAGCAAGGCUGGCAGCCAGGUGGUUCUGAAGAGUUUGCUGAAUAUGGAAAUCGACGUUGACUCGUUGCCCAUGGGGCCCGAACAAUUUAGCCCUGCCGGGAUCGAAACCGUAGUUCUAGCGGAGCAGAUUCUACCGCGUGGAAGAGGACUAAUAGAGGAGAACUCAAGUGCAGUGAGCGGGAUGGAGUCGCUAGUUCCCGGCAAGUCGAGUGGAGAGGAUGCAGACUUACAUACUGUUGUAAAAGCUGAACCGUAGGAUUAGCAGACUCUUGUAGAGUAUUAUGAAUUACGGAUUUAUGAGAAACGUUUUGAAAUUUUAAUAUUUAUAAACAUACUUUAAACUACAGAACGUC